AUGGGCAAACGUGGAAAGAGACAGGGAAAGCCUCGUAAGCGAGAUAUUGAUCCGGCAGCUGCCAAGAAGGCAUGGGAGGAGCGUCCUCCAGCUCAAGACGGAUAUGUUGAUGCAAGGCAUGAAAAUCCAGCUUUUACACAAUAUUACAAGGCUCAAGGUCUAGUUCCUGAAGAAGAAUGGGAUGUCUUUGUAGAGUCGCUACGUACAUCGCUGCCAACUACAUUUAGAUUCAUUUCGGGCAGUGAAGCUCAUGAUACUCGUGAAUGGAUGAUUCGUGAAUACUUUGAUAUCUUCAAAAAGGCUGUUGAUGAGGAACAAGUCACCACCACUGACACUGAUCUUGAUCGCAAGGCGGCUGAAACAUUCAUGGCUCCUACUGUUAUACCAUGGUAUCCAAAUGAGCUGGCGUGGUUUGUCGAAAUACCGAGACGCGUGCUACGCAAGAAUGAAUCGCUGGCCAAGUUUCAUCAGUGGCUCGUGUCUGAGAAUGAAAUGGGCACGAUAUAUCGUCAAGAAGCAGUCAGUAUGAUUCCAGUCUUGUUUCUUGACGUGAAACCUCAUCACUAUGUCCUGGAUAUGUGUGCUGCACCAGGAAGUAAGACGUGCCAAAUGCUGGAAAUACUGACUGCAAAUGAUGAUAUCAAUACAAACGGCCUCAUGAUCGCCAACGACUCAAACACUGCACGCGCUCACAUGCUGAUCCACCAAAUGAAGAGACUACCAACCCCAUGUCUCCUGGUUACGAAUCACGACGCUCAAUUCUUUCCACGAUUGAGAACGCAUACGUGUGAUGCUACUGGACGGACUGUCGUCGAGAAUAUACUGUUUGAUCGGAUACUGGCUGAUGUGCCUUGUUCAGGUGACGGUACACUUCGCAAGAACUUGGCCAUAUGGGCCAAAUGGAAUCCUGCGGAGGGGCGUGGAUUGCACAAUUUACAACUGGCAAUUCUGGAUCGAGCUUGUGAGUUGCUCAAAGUUGGAGGUCGAGUGGUUUAUUCCACGUGUAGUAUGAAUCCAAUUGAGAAUGAAGCAGUAGUAGCAGCAAUGCUCGCACGUGCUCCCGGCACGUUCGACCUACUUGACGUAUCACAUCAAGUUCCUGGAUUGAAGAGACGGCAGGGAUUAUCCUAUUGGAAGGUUCCAUCAGACAGUAUAGACGAACAAGGCCAAAUGGUAUUCUAUGAUGAAUUUGAACUAGCCCCUGAGUCAAAAAUGAAGUGGACGACCACCAUGUGGCCACCUGCUAAUGUUGAGGAACUGCAUCUUGAAAGAUGCAUGAGACUACUACCACACUACCAAAACACGGGUGGCUUCUUCGUAGCCGUAAUUCAAAAGAACAAUGUGUAUAAAGGAUUCAAGAGGCCUCAAAAACCCAAGACGGAGGAAGUCAAGAAGAGGGCAUCUGAAGAAUUGCUGUCUAAAACUGAUGGGAAACGUAGAAAAUCUAACGCUGAGAAGCUCGUCGGAUCAGAUAUUGCCGUUGAAGAACCAGAUCUAGAUGAAUCACCGGAUGUCAUGGAUGAACGGGAUGAUGCUGCACCAGAUGGUGAAGAUGCCAUGCUAGAUGUAGAAGAUGCUGAUCUGCAGGUUGAUGAGGCUGACGCCGAGACUGUUACUGCUGAUACACAAGUGCAGCAGCCGGAAGGUCCAGCACCGUCCACGUUGAUUCAAACUGCUCCAGUGAGGGGUGAAUUGCCUUUUCAUGCGUAUACCGCCAAGUCACCUGAUAUCAAGAGUAUCAUGGACUGGUAUGAACUUGACCAUUCAUUCCCAGUUGAUCGAGUGCUGGGUCGUAUACCAUCGGGUGCUAAAAGCAUGUGGAUGGCUUCACCGGCUGUUCAGAAAGUGUUGUCGUGUUUCAAUGCUCCUGCUCUAAAGGUUGUUUACGCUGGAAUGAAGGUCUUCAUAAAGAAUGCUGGGGAUGCUAAAAAUGGCUCAAUGUGCACAUAUCGAAUCGAAAACAUUGCAGUGCCACUAAUGUUGCCAUUCUUACCAUCACCGUCUCAACGAAUGGUUACAAUAUCGUUUGAUGACUUGUUGACUCUUAUUGGGCUUGAUUAUCCCAAGUUUGGAUCGUUUAGUGUGGAAGUUCAGGAGUAUUUAGUGCGUCAAGCAAUUGGACCAUUGAUCAUGAAAUUUGAUCCAUCGCUGGAUACGUCUGGUCGUGCCAAGGGCCGUCUCGUAAACCACAUUAUGUACAUACCAGUAUGGAGAGCAGCAACGUCCAUAUCUGUCUUUUUGGACAAGAUAGAACGCAAGAAUAUUUAUGCUAGAUUAGCGGGAUUGGAGUAUGAACCAACAGUCAUUCAGUUUCCUGUCAAGAACAAGAAUUUCAAAAUGGGAGAUGAUAAGGUUGCCGAUGUGGCAACAAGUGUAGUUGAUUCUGUAACUACGAGUGUGGAGUGA